CCCCACAGUUCAUCCAUGAGCUCAGAUUUCCCACAUUAUAACUUCAGGAUGCCUAAUAUUGGAUUCCAGAACCUGCCUCUCAACAUAUAUAUCGUGGUUUUCGGCACUGCUGUGUUUGUCUUUAUCCUUAGUUUACUCUUCUGUUGCUACUUGAUUAGGCUGAGACAUCAAGCACACAAAGAAUUUUAUGCCUACAAACAGGUUAUAUUAAAAGAAAAAGUAAAAGAACUUAAUUUACAUGAGCUCUGUGCUGUGUGUCUAGAAGACUUCAAGCCUCGAGAUGAACUGGGGAUUUGCCCAUGUAAGCAUGCCUUCCACAGAAAGUGCCUUGUUAAGUGGCUGGAAGUCCGGAAAGUGUGUCCCCUGUGCAACAUGCCGGUGCUGCAGCUGGCCCAGUUGCACAGUAAACAGGACCGAGGUCCCCCUCAGGAGCCCCUCCCUGGGGCAGAGAAUAUUGUAUAGCUUGCUGCAAGGAUCAGACUGUCGCUGGACACAUCAGUACGGAGCCAGGAGGAACACAAGCAGACUCUAUUUUGGCUGCUCUACCUGGGAUACCCACUGUCACUUCCUUUGCCUCAUGAAGAACUCCUGAGCCAGGCAAGCUAAGACCCUAGGCAUCUGGAUUUUGUGACAACCAAAGCACCCUGAUAUCACCCUAUGCCAAAAGGAGUGGAUGAGCCUGCAGGGUUGGUUUCAGAAGUUUCCUGAGCAUCUCCUGUGUCUCCCAGGCACCUCCAUGUCAAGCAAAAGGGAAGAUAAGCACAGGUGUCAGAGACCAGAACUGUGAAUGCGGCUUCGAUGCCACCCCACCUGUGGACCCAUCAGCUACUGUGCGGACUUCACAGCCUGCUGUUGCCACAUGUCCUCUUGGCACCCCAAGUCAAGUGAAGCCAGUUGUUCCAUCAGCUGAAGCACAACUGGCUGCCAGUAUUUGGUGAGGCAACCCUGCAAGGCUUUUCAGGUUCUGUUCUUUUUAAUAAGGCCAUCUUGGAACCUGAAGACUUUGAAAACAGCAGCAGCAGAACCCCCUGCCACAUGUGCCAGUUCACACUUGCUGUCACAUCUUCCAAGUUGAAGCCAUUGGAAACACUUGGAAAGGCCUGGUCAGGAGCCAUUCUUCUUCUGUUUGCCUUCCUAGUCAUCAGUAAGACCCAGCAGGAGCUUAGCCCUGAACCUCCACUGUCCCGUGUAACCCAGGGGCCAGGGGCCUGUUCAAGUACACUACAAGUGUAGUGUGAUUCCAUUACAGCUGCUGGCCUCAGCCCACUGGCUAAGGAGUCUCUCUGGGCCCUCAGAUGGCUCCAAAGGAGAGCCCUUCCUUAGCAAAGCCAGUCUUCUCCCACCAGGAUGGCCAGGACAGACACUUUGGCUUCUCUCCCUCUCUCCUCUGCUCUUUUUCUACAUAAGAAAUAUGUCUUACUGCAUUUUUAAACAUUUAUCCCAAAUAAGCUCCCUGUAAUUCUGAAGCCAGUGAGCCACUGGAGUUGUAAAUAGUUUGAGGAAGCUCCUGCAUGGCUGGCCUUCUGCUGGUGUGGACCUCAGUUCUGUGGACUUGAGAUCCCUAACUGAAGGUGUUUUUAUAGGGAAAAUGCAUGCUGCUCUUUGGCUCUUUCUGUCCAACUUUUCUAGAGAUGAUCGCCUCCAGUAGGCUUUGUGAACAGUGUAAAUUCGCCGUGUAAAGCACAGACUAUUCUUACACAGCUUGCUCUCCCUUCCCUUGUCACAACAGUGCCACUGCAAUGCCUCGCCAACUGCUCUGCUCCGCUCUGCUCUGCUCUGCUCCGCUCCAUCCCACAGGUGUGAGGAAAUUUUUUCAGGAAGUACACUCUGGCAUGGAGAAGAUGGAGGGCUUUGCUACUCUGUUCUUGGAUUCUACCUAAUCUUAGAAUGAGAGGGGACCUGCCUUUGCCUCCAGUAUCUGGGAUCAGAUGAGGAAGAAAGUUCCAAUUUGUCCAGAAAGUGUGGAAGCCAAGUGUGGUGGUGUGCAUCUGCAUAGUCCCCACUAAGGCAGGCAGGGUCACAAGUUUAAGCCCAGACUUGGCUUCAUAGUGGGAUCCUCUUGCAAAAGGGGGCAGCAGGGGUGGGGAUCGGGGCUCCUGGCAGAGUCCAUUUGGAAAAUUACAAAUCCAGUUGGAAAGAAUGAGCUGUUCCCAGUGUGCUCUGUUUGUGGCAGACCAGCUGGAUUCCUAUGCAGGGCAAGGGAGUGUGAAACAUUUUCUGAGAGCCUUAGCCUGAUUGACCCCAGUAAUCCAUUAUCUAUGUCCCUCUGUAGUACCAGAGUCAAAUGCCCACACUCAGUUUACAGUAAAAUGUCUUCAAGUGACCAAUGCCAGAAGUGGGCUUCUCCUGGUUUAAUUUUGUUACAGGCUAGUGUUUACCAUUUCAUAUUGGAUAACUGUAUACAUUAAGACACCCCCCUUAAAGAUUUCCAUAUGAUCGAUACUGCAAAUUAUUGCCACUCACAGCUUUAGUAGAUCCUUGGCCUUUAGCAUUAGUGCAGCUUUUCCUAUCCUUGGAAUCAGCCACUCAAAAGCAGGCAUCACCAAAACCCUGUAUUUCUAGAGGCAAAAUUGCUCACAAAACUUUCAGAUAGGUUGAGGUGGUUGGGUAUGCAACCUGAAUAGUCAUGGGCAUUGGAAGAAUCUGGGGUGCUUUGCUGUGCUCAACCUGAAUGAGGUCUCCUAACCUUCUGUGCUUAGCCACUGUUAAUGUGAUUGCUUCCUAAAAGGCAUUCCUUCGGCUGGAAGCUGCAACUGUAAAGUAUGUUUCUCAGUUCCACUUCUUGGCCACCGCUCCCACUUCCGGCACCUGCCAGCCACGGCAACCCAAUAUUUGCUCCUGAUGUCUGGGUCCUCCACCAGUGCUUCCUAUGCAUCUGCAGCUUUGGCCAAACAAUACUUGAGCCCGAACUUAAAAUGAGACCACCCUUUCCACAUCAUUUCCUAAGUUUCUGGUAACCUUUUUGUGUGGAUGUGUGAGGGCUUGGGUCAACUCUUUUUUUUUUUUUUUUUUUUUUUUUGGUUCUUUUUUUUCGGAGCUGGGGACCGAACCCAGGGCCUUGCGCUUCCUAGGUAAGCGCUCUACCACUGAGCUAAAUCCCCAGCCCCUUGGGUCAACUCUUAAACCACUGAACUAAGUGUCUUAAGUAGCUAAAGGAUUGGGGGUCACUGUAACAUACAAGAAAUUGACAGCUGCAGCUUUUCUUUGCCAAGUGUAAUUUCAUUUGGUCUAUCCCUCAUCAUUAAGGUUCUUUUAACAUGUACCUAACCAGGAGUAGAAAAACCAGCCAGGCAGGGACAGGUAGCCUCUGGGUGAGCUCUGUGCUGGGGAACCGGGGCCUCCCACCAAAUACUGUUUUUGACAAGCCUUGACAAAAAGAUAUUUUCCAUGGCUGUUCCAAAGCAUUCUAUCUCUGACUUGGAACAGCCACACCAGGCUGUGCUGAAUACCUACAUCACUUACUUUCUGGGAAUUUGAGAUAUCUAUAGAAGUUCCUGAGAGCUCUACAGUUCUUGGAAGUUUGAAUUGGCCACUUGUGCUUUUCUGCAGAUCACUUGAUUCCCCUUUCCUUAGCCACCACCUAGGAAUUGUAGCAAGGUUUCUAGAUGAUCUGCCAGUCCAGUCUGGUAGACACUAGGGGAACAGGAUCUGCUGAUAGCACGUACCUUCCUGGUCACAAACUCAGUAACUUCUCAACUAUGGGACUUCCCCUGGCUCCACCACAGUCUUUUUUGAGACAGGUUCUAUGUAUUCCCAGUUAUCCUGAAACUGUAUAGACCAGGCUGGCCUCAAAAUCAGAGAACCAGGCCUAACAUCCACAUUGAAUCUUGACUUGGUUGCUCAGUCUUCCUUGAGUCUUUGAAUAGGUAAUCCUUCACAAAAUUCACACAAUAGUUGCCUUCUUGUUUCUUUAGUCUUUUACGGGAAUGUGUGUGUGUGUGUGUGUGUGGGGGGGGUUGUUACUUAUACGGAGAGCCAACCCAGAAGUGUACCGUGUAUGAAAGAGAAGCCUGCAGUAGAGGUUUUUGCAUUUACAUUCCUUUUUAUAUGGCUUCCUUCACAGCCCCCCCCCCCACCCCUAAUAAAACAGCACAGCUGUUUUUCUUGUCCUCUCUAGGAUGACAAAGCUUCCCCCAAGCCCUAAGCAGUUUCUCUAGGUGCCUGGACCAGCUGCCACCUUCCUCCCUCUCCUUAGUAGUUGUUGCCAGUGUGUUUGAGGCAGGAAAGCAUGUAUUAAAGUAGAGGUCUCCUCUAAGUCCCCAGGGCCAAGUCAUUGUGUCUGCAAAUAAGUCAUUGAAGCAAAUUCUCCUUCCACCUAACCUUUUUUUUCCCCCUCUCCCUUCUAAGGUAAAAAUUAUAAAAAAAUUAAAGCUGCCUUCUACAGGCAGCCAGUAAGGGAGAAAGCAGACCUGUGCCUCGCUCUCUAGCAUCCACCACCCAAGGUCUUCCCGACUCACCUGCUUCCCGGUAGCCCAAGCAGCAGCUCAGUGGGUAGUUUGCCUGUGCUUACCCAAGAUGAACCUUGAAAAGGGGAGACCCACCCCUUUGGCACUUCAUGCAAUCUCUAGCUUGGUUAAUCUUCCCCUGCAACUGUUAAGAACCUCCUGAGGGGCUGGGGAGAUGGUUCAGUGGCUAAGAGCACUGGCUGUUCUUCCGAUGAUCCGGGUUCGGUUCACAGAACCCACCUGGUGGCUCACAGCUUCGAUCUGUAACUUCAGUUCCAGAUCUGGCAUCUGAGUGUACAGGCUCAGACAUGUACAUGCAAGCAAACACUCAUACACAUAAAAAUAAAUCUUUAUUUUUUUUUUAAAAAAAAACUGCUUAAAAUGGAACCGUCAAAGUAUUUAACUUACUCUUGCACAAAGGUGAGGACCUAAAAUGCCAGGUAAAGGUUUUUCAGAUUAACAGGACUGGGUUCACAAAGUUGAACACCUGUCACUUACAGGUUCAGCUUUCGAACCUAAGUUGUUUCAAGAUGCUUUUAUUAUUCCAGUUAGAUCAGCAAGCAUCCCAAGCCCUUAGCUCCUUUGAUGACAGGGUCAGGGAAGCUACCCCUGCUGUUUCAUAUGCCAUGGAACUCAGCUCAUGACCUCUCACCAGUGUUACACGACUUAUGUGGUUGAGACCUCAGCGCCGUCCAUGCCUCUCCUGCCAGGCUCUAGGUCUGCAGACAAGUCAUGUCCAGGAAAGUGGAGGAGUGGCACUUAGUCUUGUAGUUUGGCCCUAUGGGGCUUGUUUACUAGAUAUAACUCCCUCAACAAAGGUUUAUGAAAUGCUGAGCCCCAGGUUUCAUAGACGUGUUUGUACACUAAGAAUUCUGCAGCAGAAUAUUUUUAAACAUUGGUUUUUGUAAGCUAUAUUUUUGUAUAUUUAAUUGCUAUUUUAAAACUUUAAUGCAUUUUUUGCUAAUCACUUGUUUAAAAGUAAAACAUGCAUGUAAUCGACCCAAACGUGUAAAUAAAGAGCAGAUUUUGAAAUACU